UCCCGCCUGCUGCUGCUCCGGCUGUUGGAGAUCACGUGGCGAGCGGUCGCAGAUAGUGACGCCAAUGAGCAGAGGCGGAAGUGACGGAAGGCGAAGAUGGCGGUGGCGGUGGAAGAGCUGGUGGCCGAGGCCGAGCGCUUGAUCCGGGUGGACCGGCCUCUGGAGUUGGAGCUGGACCUGGGCAACCUGACGGCGCUGGAUGCCAACCCGCUCAAUUCGAGCUUGUGCCGGCAGGAGGCCGAGGCUUGGCUGCGCUCCCUUGCCCGGGACAACACGCAGCUGCUGCUUAACGCCGUCUGGCAGCUGCCGAGCGAGAAGCUCCAGGAGGGGAUCGUGGCCUUGCUGCCCCCGCCCAGUACCCUCAUCCCCCGGGAAAAAGCGGUGCCCAAACCCCGGCCGCCUACCCGCUGGGAGCAGUUCGCCAAACUGAAGGGCAUCCGGAAGAAAAAGAAGAGCAACUUGGUGUGGGACGAGAGCAGGAAAGAGUGGCGCCGCCGCUGGGGCUAUCAGAGAGCCAACGAUGAGACCAAAGAGUGGGUCCUGGAAGUACCCGAGUCCGCUGACCCCAGUGAGGAUCAGUUCGCCAAACGUGUCGCGGCUAAGAAAGAGCGAGUGGCCAAGAACGAGCUGAACAGGCUGCGGAACAUCGCCAGGGCUCAGAAGCACAAGGUGCCCGGUGUCGGUCUGGCCCCCACCCAGCAACAGAGCAAAGCCGAGCUCAGCAAAGCCAUUCGCGUGGCGAGAACCUCCACCGCUUCGGUUGGCAAGUUUCAGGACAAGCUCCCCAAGGAACAGGAGGCGAGGAACACCGGCAAGAGGAGGAAGUUCCAGCCCAUCGUCGGAGACUUCUCGGCGGAGAAGCAGAAGCAGCUAGACCUUCUCAAUGUUAUGUCCAGCAAGAAACCCAAACUGGAUCUCACGAAGGCUGUCAAUAGACAACUUCGAGAAGACGAUCAGGAGCAGGCGGCAAAACGAAAGAAAAUGCGGCCUAAGGGCAGGAAAGGAGGGAAAAAUCACAAUCGAAAUAAUAGGGGAAAAGGUCAGCAUCGGAAAUCGGGGAUGAAGCAGCAAGGAAAGAGAAAAUGAGCCAUAUUGAACUGUUGUUAAAUACGGUGCUCCUUGAUUUUAAAGAACAUUCUAGUUUUGAGAGGGCCUACCUUUGUUUCUUUAUUAAUUGUGGCCUGAUAAUUUCUUGCGUUCUGACAGUUUUUUUGUUUUUCAUGAACUUAAAAUAAAGUGUUUUGUAUUUCUUUUGCUAUGUGCAUCUGAGUGACUAUAUGUGAUGGGACUUGUGCAGAGAGAGCUUAAAUUGUACCUGUGGCCAAUUGUUUGUAUGGCAGAAAGUUCAUUACCAGAAUUGUCUAGCCAGCAAUCCUGUUGACCACUUUGAAAGGGGAUUCAUUGAAAUUAUUUUAUGUUGUAAGACACUGCAUUAUGAUUAGCAACACAACUAAAUGUUGUUAAUCUUUUGGAACAGUAGAGUAUGUAAGGAAAGCACCAAACCUUUCAAUGUGAGUUGGCAGCUCAGUUCCAGUGUGGAGUGGCCUUUUGUCCUCAGGUUAAUUAUGUCUAUGGUUAUUUGAAAAUACUUGUAGAUGACAACUUUAACUCUCCUCAAAGUAAAGGAGCAAAUUACUACAGAUGUUGGAAUCUGUAACUGGAAACAAUAAAAUGUUGGAGAUCAUGGUGGGUCAGGCAGCAUCCAUGGAGACAGAGCAAGUUAGCAUUUCAAAUCCAGAGCCUCAAAAUAGUCUCUCUCUCUGGAAAUCCAGUCCAUGAGUUUAUAGGUUAUGAUUUCUAUCUCCAACAAAUAGAAAGGAAGAACUUGUAUUUCUAUAGUGCCUGCAUAUAUCAUCGGAUCAAAACCAGUAUAUUAUUUUUUUAAAAACUGUGAAUGCUGUAAAUUAGAAACCAAAGCAAAAAUUGGUGGAAAAGCUCAGUUGGUCUGUCAACACCUAUGGCGAGAAAUUGGUGUUAACAUUUGGGUCCUUUGAUACUUCCUCAGAACUCCAGGACCAAAAGGUUAACACUGAUUUCACAAGUUCUGCUAGACCUACUGAGCUUUUCCAGCAUUUUCUGUUUUUGACAGUAUUUAAGAAAUUGUCUUCACCAGUACUGACUGUAGACUGUCGUGUACUCUAAAGGUAUUCCUGUUACUAAACUUGACUAUAGCGUAUCAACUGUUUUUGUAAAGUUGUUUUAUUUAUCGCUGUAGUACCUCAUUUGGAGUUUGGGAUUUUUGUUUUACACAAAUUGCUUGUGUAGCUGAGUAUGCAAAUAAUAUAUUCACUGUAAAACCCCUUAUAAUGCCAAAGGAUAAUGAGGCAAGUCUUGAAAUUUUCAGUUCACUUUUCAGUUCACUUUUCAAUUCAGUUACUCCUGAAUUGUAUCCUUUGGUUGUCAAACAUAUUUAUAAAGCAUGAAUUGCAGUCUGGGGUUAAAAUAUUUUGAAGCGCAGCAAGUUUUUCUUUUCUAUAAAUUAUACCAUGUGGAAAAUUAAGAACUAUAGGUAAUGUAAACUGACAAAAUGCCGGAAUACUGUUUCAAAAUUAACAGCACACCAGAAGAAAGGUAGCGAUGUCCACGUAAUUAAAACAGUUCUGUUUAAUUUCA